GGCCCCUGCCCAGCAUCAUGGCCCAUGGAAGAAGCGGAUAGAGUUGGAUGCAGUCCACCAGCUCAGUGCAUGCAGCGGAGGAUCAUGAUGAUAAAACGGACAGUCAGGGUGGUUCCACGGAUGGCAAGGGCUACGCAACGAACCAUUGCAAUCUCGCAAGGUUACACGAUCUAAACGGACGGUCAGAGUUGUGCCACGGGGGGAAUGAUAAGCAGGCAGGCUACCACAAGGUAGGAUGUAGUGUGCAGGGGGCAAAAGCGGGGUGUGGGUUGUUAAAGCCAGGCACGCAAGGAGGAGGAAAGAGGAGGGGGAGAGAGGAGAAAAGGGAGGAGGAAGAGGGAGGGCGGAAGAGGAGGAAGAAGAGGAAGAGGGAGGUGAAAAGGGAGGAGGAAGAGGGAGGGCGGAAGAGGAGGAAGAAGAGGGAGGCGGAAGAGGAGGAGGAAGAGGGAGGCAGAAGAGGAGGAAGAGGAGGAAGAGGAGGAAGAGGAGGAAGAGGAGGAAGAGGAGGAAGAGGGAAGAAGAGGAAGAGGGAGGAAAAGGGAAGAAGAAAAGAUAGGGAAGAUAAGAAAGGGGAAGAAACGGGCGAAGAGGAAGAAUAGGAAGAAAAGGAAGAAGAGGAGGAGGAGCGACAGGAGGAAGAGGGAGGCAAAAAAAGGGAGGGGAGAAAUGCAAGCGCAGUGCACGGUAUUUCGGCGCCGCGCCUUGACAUUGCCAUGAUAUCUUGGCGAUGUGAAGAGAUGCAAAGGUGUCAGCGAGCAAUCACGUCUGCCCAGUGCCGGAAGGUGAAGGAAGACAACGAGUGCACCAGGCACUUCCGCCGAGCAACUUCCGAACUGCUGUGAAACGGUGAAGAAAGCCAUUUGUCUCUCUCUCUCUCUCUCUCUGACGGUCUCUCACUCGUUGCAGGUUCGGUUCCGAAAGGAAACCGAUGUCCCUCGACACGUGUAACGCCUUAGACCACGGAGGAGAGUGUCAUAGGAACUGAAACCAGCUGCCGCGCAGCCCAGCGCAUGAACGGGUGCCACGUACGGAUGCGUUGGCGCGCUGCACAGUCUGUUUAUCUUCUUCCGUGACAAGGAUCACAACCCUCCUCCUCCUUCUUUUUAAAGAUCACAACCAGGAACGGUAAUCAUUCUCAUCUUGACAAGUGCACGGCAGGACAGAGAAAGUGAUCCGNCCCUCCUCCUCCUUCUUUUUAAAGAUCACAACCAGGAACGGUAAUCAUUCUCAUCUUGACAAGUGCACGGCAGGACAGAGAAAGUGAUCCGUGCACAGUGAUUGACUGAUUCAUUGACUGGUAAGAAGGUCGAACAAGAACGGGCAAGCUCCAUAACUUUAGACAGCGAUUCACCGCAGGAGACAGAGAGGGUGCUAGAGAUUAUUGGUAUUUCAUUAUCACAAAUAAAAGUUUUAAACUUUUGACGAAAUGGCUACAAGUCAAGAGUCGACAUCAAUAAACAACAAUACGACGA